CGGUCGGCCUUUCCGUUUGCAAUCGAUCUCAUACUACUCCUAAAAUCGAGUUAAAUAACAUCAAAACUAUUUAUUUAAAAAUUAUCAAUAAAAGCAAAACAAAAUCCAAUGAAUAAUUCAACGAAAUUUUUGCGACCAUUCUUCUAUCAUAUAAAAUCAUCACAUUUAAACGUGCCACGACGGUUUUAUGCUGCACCAAAACGAUUCUACAAAAACACAAAUGUUCUCUAUAACGAUGGCAAAUAUGAAGUGACCCUAGAUCAUCGUAAGCUAAAAACACCCAGAGGAAAUCCAUUCCUAUUGAAGAGUGAACCAUUGGCAAUUGCUGUUGCAACUGAAUUUGCCAAUCAAAAGGAAACUAUUGUCCAAUCAGCAAUGCAUUUGUCGGCGCUGUGUUUUACUUCGAUGGAUAAUCCAAAUAAUCUAACUAAACCAGAAAUGGUCAAUUAUAUGCUGAACUUCUUACCAACUGAUACAAUUCUUUAUCAAACCGAGGAAGACAAAGAUCUAUACGAGCUCCAAAAAAACGAAUGGGAUCCCGUCAUCGAGUGGUUUAAUAAACGUUUUGAUACAAACAUACAAAAAACUCCCAGUAUAUCACCACCCACUGUCUCGGACGCGGAUAAAAUGAAAAUAUCCAAGUACUUUCUUUCACACAGUGAAGAUGUUCUGUAUGGAUUCGUCUUUGCCGUCGACACCCUGAAGUCGAUAAUUCUUUCCUGUGCUGUGAUAGAGCAGCAUAUCAGCGCAGACAAGGCCGUAACACUAGCUCGUCUCGAAGAAGAGUUUCAACUGAAGUUCUGGGGACGGGUUGAAUGGGCUCACGACAUGAACCAACUAGAACUGCAAGCUCGCUUGGCUGCAGCUAUCCUCUUUGUUCACUUCAACCGGUCGGAACAAUUCGUCAAAGAGAAACUAAUUGUCUAGAAAAUAUGUAAUAAAAUCAACAACAAACAAAACUG